AUGUUCAAUGGCCGCAAACCUCCUCCCAAUCCUUCUGGACCCCAACCGGGAGCCCAUGCUCAGGCAGGAGCACCGAAUGCAGAUGUGGAAGCUCUCCAGCGGGCCACUCCCGCAGAACCUGACAGAGCUACCGAGACGGAGGGGCGGUGGACGAACGUGCCGUUCUUGAAGCAGUUUGAGAGACAGGAUAUCUUGUGUGGAUCCUUGAUUGUUUGUCUUUUGGUUACCUUUGUCAUUGUUCUUGCAGUGGCAUUGUCGAUACGUCGGCAACCCAAUAUUGUGGAACGCCCUCGACCAACCAACAAUCCUAUUCCCCAACCCCCCACCAGCGCUCCCGGACCCACCAGUGCCCCUUCCUCAGCUCCCACCAUGCAACCCACAACUGCUAACCAAGGUCUUCUGGCUUCUGUCCUUCCCACAGAAACACUGCUGGUCGUAAGGAAGAAUCCCAAUUCACCACAAGCCAAAGCAUUCGACCAUGUUACGGCAAAUCCAUCGUUCUCUACUUUUCCCGAAUGGCGUGUCUUGCAGAGAUUUGCCUUGGCUACUUUCUAUUAUGCCACUCGUGGAAAUAACUGGAACGUGAAAGACGGAUGGUUGCAACAUGACAUGGACGAGUGCCAGUGGUUUCAAACAGUCACCAGUGUUGACCCUUGUUCCUCCCAAGAGGGUAAAUUGCUUCACUUGCGGCUUCGAGACAAUAGGCUGCACGGCACGGUACCUCCAGAGCUGUUCCUCAUGACAUAUCUAAAGACAAUCGACUUGGACAUGAAUGCCAUGCGUCCUUCUGGUCAGAGUCGCACAAUUCCCACAGAGAUUGGCCUUUGCACAGAUCUUGAGACAUUGUCACUUGUGCAUGUCCAUAUUGGGACAGUUCCGACUGAAGUCGAACAAUUGACGGCUCUCAAGUCCUUGGGCCUAAGGGGUAACCGUAUUUCACCCUUCUUUCCCGACGAGAUAUUGACAUUGGGCAGCCUAACGAGUCUGGAUCUAUCCCGGAAUUGGCUCCUUCGUUUCCCUUCUGAUCUUGGACAGCUCAACAACUUGGAGGUUCUUGAUUUGGGCCGGAACUUAAUGAAACAGUCGUUGACGACUGUGGUUGGGAAUUUGACAAGCCUCAAACGACUCUCUGUGCAAAACAAUAAGCUCGCUGGAAAGCUCCCGCCAGAGAUAGGUUUGAUGACUGGCUUGGAAGAGCUUUAUCUGAAUGGAAAUCAGUUCAGUUCCAGAGUCCCGGUUGUUUUUGAAAUGUUGGGAGCUCUAACAACUAUGAAUUUGGAGGGAAAUCUUCUGACUGGCACAAUCCCAGAAAGUCUUUGUCGGCUGGGUACAACGAACUUAACCUUUGAUUGCAAUGGCGACUUCCCGCGGCUUUGUGGCUGUGACUGUCCCUGUCUGUAA